GGAGCGAACAGUUCGGCAGCGCGACCCGACGUGGGCACUUCGCUGUCCGGCAUUUCGUCAUUAAGAUAUUACUCGUUAUUUUAGCGUAUUUCGUACAUACGCAAAUACAAACCUGCAAGUACCUGGUUUAUUUUUUAGCUUGGUCACUUCAAGAUAAUUAAUAAUUUCAAGAAAUAUAGAUUAAAGAAUCCAAAACUGGAAGCUAUUAAAGGUACAUGAUGAGUGAAUGUGCGAUCAUUUUUAUAUAAAGACUUGUAUGUCAAAAAAAAUGUUGUAAGUUUCUACAAAUCAUCGAUUAAAUUCAUUAAGAAAUUAUCAGUGCAAGUUGAUGGAUUGUGCGCCAAUUGCUCAUGACUCAAACAUAGUACUCAAUUAAGUGUUCAAAAAGUGCUAAGAAUAAAAUAAUAGUACAGAAGCGAAUGCGAUGCUGUUGUAAUCAUUCGCUAUUUAAUCUGAGUUAAAAAAAGAUAAUUCUAUUGCUAUUCUGAUAUAAUAGUGUCGUUUUUGUUCAAAUAAUCAAUAGUUGCUUUUUUAUUUUAACGCUCAAAGAGUUCCUAAUUUUUCAGACUUUUACUACUAAAAAGUAUUAAGUACGUAUCUUAUUAAGAAUAAAAAAAUUAAAUACAUGUUUGUGAUUAACAUUGUUCCUGAUUGCGCUCUGCUGAAUGUGAUAGUUGAAGUGCCAGAUAAAAUAUCGAAUAACCAUAUGUAAUAUCUUUGAUUUAUAUGUCAAGCAUAUUAUUAUACGAUAAUUCGUGUGCUACUAUUGAUACUUUAAAGCAGAAAUCGUGAAAAAAUUUGUGCUGUGAUCUUUUUAGUUACGUCAAACAAGUGCAAAUGUUAACGUUUCAUGUUUAGUGAUUUGAAAAACAUCAAGAUUUUAUUAUUUUGUGGAUACAAUGCAUUCAGGUAUGUCAAUUAAUAAACGCAAUGUUAAAUUUUAGUACAAUAAUGAGAUAAUGCCAGAAAAUUUAAAAUAUUAAAAAACAAGAAAAAUUCAUAGUCAUAAGAAACUAAAUAAAGAGGAUGCGGAGGAGAUUUGAAGACCGACGGACUUCGCGAGCAUUGAAAUCUCUCAGUGAUUUAAACUAGAAGACAAGAAGUAUAAUUAAUAAAGAAUAUCUACUACGUUUGCAAUAAAAACGUUUCUGUGCAGUAUAUAAUUGAAUUGCAAGUGAUGAAUUAUUAUACAACAAGAAGAGAUACAACUAUGCUGGGCCGCAAAAUUCAUAUAAAUGAAAUCAAAAUUCAAAAUUAUUCUAUCAUGCAGAUCAACAUCUAUUUAUCAAACAAGUUUUCAUCUUUAAUUAUGUACAAAUGAACACUUGGUAUAUUAUCAUCAGAAAGUUAAGUUAUACGGAAGAACAUAUAUUUAUUGAAGUAUUUUAAUCAGAGCAGCCAAAAUUCCUCAAACAAAAAGUACGAUAAGAUGAGCCCGGAGGAAGAGGGUGGCCGAGGGGGCGGGUCCCCAUCGGUUGCUGGGGCUGCUUCACAUCAAGCACAUUAUCCUCUAACUACUAGUCCAGCUUCUGGUACCGAACCUAGUACACGUGAAACGAUCUCUACGCCUAUUUCCGCUGCAGAUACAACUACAAAUGUAUCAGAUACUAGUAUUCUUGCAACACCAUUGAAGCAGAAAAGUAAUAGUCCGAUUCAAAGUCCUUUAAUAACCAGAGAUGUAGAAAAAUUCGAUGGUAAAAUUGUUUACAAUCCUGAUGGAUCAGCAUAUAUUAUUGAAGGAGAAAGUGAACUAAGUGAAGAUGAUUCUUUACCUGACGGUUGUAUUGUUGAUGGUCGAGGAGUAUCAAUACCUCAUUCAUUAGUAUUUCCUCAAAUCGCUAAUGCAUACUAUGUAUCAAGACUAUAUGCUCAUCAAGUUUAUCAACAUCAACAACAACAAAGGUCGUCAAUUAUACCCCGAAAUCCUGAACUUCCUAUCAUGCACAGUUAUCGUGUUAUAAGUUAUCGAACUUCUGCUGGGAGCGCACAAUCCUUAUCUUCAUCUAGUGCACCAACUUUAUCUGCUACUUCAGUUCCUGUAAAACCGAUUUUAAUGUGUUUUAUUUGUAAAUUAAGUUUUGGUUAUACAAAAAGUUUUGUUGCACAUGCACAAGGUGAGCAUCAGUUGACUUUGAUGGAUGAUGAACGACAAAUAUUAUCUCAUUCUAGUGCUUCUGCAAUAAUUCAAGCUAUUGGCAGAAAUAAACAGCCCAUAGUUAGCUUUUUAGAACCAGUUUCAACUGCUACAUGUUCUCAAGAUUCUUUAGAGCAGAUUACUUUGCAGCGUUCACACAAUGGUGAAGAACAAAAUAAGGACGAUUGUUCAAUCAGCACUGAUCUAAAAGUUAAUAUGCCAAAUGCAACGCUUAAUUUACAAAAUUUGCAGCAAAAGCCAAUUAUUAAUACUUCCAUAAUAACUACGCCUACAAAUCAAAAUAUUACCUAUAAUCAUCAACAUCAUAAUCAAUGGAUAAAUACUCAAGUUAGUUCUUCUUCUUGGUCGAAAUUAACUGAUAGUUCAGGGAAUAACUACGUUUCCACACCAACGCCUCAAACAAAAACUUCGCAGCCUUCUUUCUCUAAUUUAUCUCAACAACCACCAAAUUUUAUCAGUGGUACAACAAUUGGUGUUUGUCCUGAACAUAUACAGGGUAGACCGAGUGGUAUCGAAUGUUCGAAAUGUGAAUUAAUUUUAGCAAGUAACCGAUUAUCUGUAACGGGUGGAUCAUUAACAGGAAUCCAUAGUAGAAAUUCCUGUAAAACUUUAAAAUGUCCAAAAUGCAAUUGGCAUUAUAAAUAUCAAGAGACUUUAGAAAUUCACAUGAAAGAAAAACAUCCGGACAGUGAAACUUCUUGUAUUUACUGCAUUGCUGGGCAACCUCAUCCAAGACUUGCACGAGGAGAAACUUACACUUGUGGAUACAAACCUUAUAGAUGUGAAGUUUGCAACUAUUCGACAACCACAAAAGGAAAUUUGAGUAUUCAUAUGCAAAGUGACAAACAUCUGAACAAUAUGCAAGAAUUACAGCAAGGUAGUAACAAUUCUGGCACUAAUAAUCCGUCGUCCUCUCAAGAUCCUCCAAGACCUACUCGAAGCCCUCAUCAUCAACAAAAUCAUAGUCCGCUAUUAAGCAAUCAAACGACAAAUCAAGGAAAACCAAAACCAACAUUUCGAUGCGAUGCUUGCAAUUAUGAAACAAACGUUGCACGGAAUCUGAGAAUACAUAUGACAAGUGAAAAACAUACACAUCACAUGUUGGUACUACAGCAAAAUAUUAAACAUAUACAAACUUUGUCAGCUCUUCAAUCUCAUCACCAACAAGCACAACAAAACUCGGUUCAACAUCAUCAGACGCAACUUGAACAAUUUCUUCAUCUUGGAAAUCUGGAAAAGCCUCAACAUGCUGAAGCAGCUUUAGCAGAUAUGGCAUAUAAUCAAGCAUUAUUAUUCCAAAUGAUGACAGGUGGCCAAUUACCUUCACACAUUCCCAACGAAAUUAUUGGAGGAAUUGCAAAUAUUAAUUCCUUAACUGGUAUUGGAGUUGAUUCAGGAUUAUCACCAGAAAGUAUGGAGCCUCCCCCUGAACCAUCAGAUCCAGAUCCAUCACAUCUUUACCAAUGCUGUGUUUGCAACAACUUUUCAACGGACUCUAUUGAAGGACUAGGAAUACACUUAGCUUCCGAUCGAACUAAAACUCGUGAGAGUGAAAUACUCAGUAAUGUAGCUGGUCACUUCAUUUGUAAACUAUGUUCCUAUAAAACUAAUCUAAAAGCUAAUUUUCAACUUCAUUGUAAAACCGAUAAACAUUUACAAAGACUACAACACGUGAACCAUGUGAAAGAAGGUGGAUCUCGCAAUGAAUGGAAACUAAAGUACCUAGCAUCACCAGCGAGUGCCGCACAAAUACGCUGUCAUGCUUGUGACUAUUAUACAAAUAGUGUUCAUAAAUUAGCUCUGCACGCUGCUUCUCCUAGGCACGAAGCUGCUGCUUUGCUAUUACGUCACUUACUUGAAGCCAGUUCUAAUAUUUCAUCACCCUCGAAACUAUACCACUGCGCUCUUUGCGGUUUUAGUGCAAAAAAUAGAUUACCUUUACUUCAACAUGUUAGAUCAAUCAGGCAUUUACAAAUGGAACAACUGCAUCAGUUACAAAGGAAAACAGGAAUACAUGAUAGUGAAAUUUUACAUACGGAUAUUGGAGAUGUCUUUCAAGUUAUGUCAGAUCCUAAUGAAUCCCCGGGAAAUGUCAAAACUCAAGCUUCUUCUACAUUGUUAUCUGUUGUGACUUCAAAUAUUGAAUGUCAAGAAGAUGAAACUGAUUGUGGUACUGAAAUAAAGCAAGAAAUAGAACACUUACAAGAAAACGAACACGAGCAAGAACAAGAUAAUGAGACUGAAGAUAAUACAUGUUCUUACUGUUCAUUUCAAUCCUCAUCAAAUGAAGAUUUGCAAAAUCAUCUUCAAAUCGCACAUAGUCAUGAUAAUGACGACAAUAUUGAUGGUUUAAAAGGAAGUAAUAAUUUAGAUUUUCUUUGCCCCUUGUGCCAAGACUGUUUUAAAAAUCGAUUAGCUUUAGAAAAACAUGUAAUGCAGAUUCAUUCUGUAAAUUCUGAUGGUUUACAGAGACUGCUUCAUCUUGUCGAUCAAAGUCACUGGCUAAAUAAUAACCCACGUGGUACUAAUGCAACAAUUCCUUGUCCAGCGUCCCCUAAUAUUGCAUUAAAAAAAAAUCAAGAUAUGGAAAAUGUUAACCAAAUUAUUAAUGAUGAAGGUGAAGAACACUCUACAUGUAAUAAUUGUACAAGAGUAUGUCGUUCUAUGGAAGAGUUGCAACAGCAUUAUAGAGAAUCACAUACUCCGUCGAUACCAAAUUUAGCAGUGAGUGAAAAACAUGUAUAUAAAUAUAGAUGUGGCCAAUGCAGUUUAGCAUUUAAAACUUUAGAUAGGCUUCAACAACAUUCUCAGUACCACGCUAUAAGAGAUGCAACUAAAUGCGCUAUAUGUUGUCGUUCUUUUAGAUCAGUGCAAGCUCUUCAUAGACAUUUGGAAACUUCUCAUGCUGAGCUGCAAGAAGAUGAAUUAAUGCAAUAUAAGCAAAAUCUCAUUAAUUCUCAUCCACUCUUACAAGCGUUAACCGAAGAAGCUUUUAGAAGGCAAGGUAUUUUUAAUAGUGAACAAGCAAUGAGUGAAGAAAUAAAACCCGAUGAUGAUGAAAAUGAAAUUACUGAUAUGUCUCCUGUUCACAAAGAACAACGAUUAUUAGAAGAUUAUCUUAACAGUCAAUCUGUUGCUGAAGAUUCAUAUAAUGAUCCAGGUCGAAAAUUUAAAUGCCAUCGUUGUAAAGUUGCUUUCACGAAACAAUGCUAUCUUACUGGACAUAAUAAAACACUGUUACACCGAAAAGGAGAGAAAAUGCCAUAUCCAAUGGAAAAAUAUUUAGAUCCAAAUAGACCGUAUAAAUGCGAUGUUUGCAAGGAAAGUUUUACCCAAAAAAAUAUACUGCUUGUUCAUUAUAACAGCGUAAGUCAUCUACACAAGCUUAAAAGAGCAAUGCAAGAACAAGGUAACAAUAAUACGCUUGUAACUACAGCACCAUUGUUAAGUCCUACAGAUAUUAAUGAAAUUAUUCACGAUCCAGAUAAAAAACCGUAUAAGUGCAAUAUAUGCAAAGUUGCUUAUUCUCAAGGAAGCACGUUAGAUAUUCAUAAAAGAAGUGUACUUCAUCAAACUAGAGCAAGUAAAAUUCAUGAUUUGGCAAUUUCUGGACAGUUAGACUUAGCAAGACCUUUGAUUGAACAGCCCACUUUAAGUCCAAACAGUUCAACAAGUAACAAUUUAGAGAACAGUAGUCACAUGUUGGCAUGCACGAAAUGUAAUGCAUUAUUUAUAAACCAAGAUCAAUUAUCUAAUCAUCAACAAUUGUAUUGCAUUUUUAGCAAUCCACUUGCUUUAUUUCAACAAUUAGCAACGUCACAACAACUAACGAUUUCUCCUUCCAAAACUCCACCUCCAUCUGUGUCAUCGAGUGGAUCACACGAUAAGCAGAGUAUGGCAUCAAAUAUCCAAUCUCAUAGUUCUACGCAAGAUAUAUUAUACCAACCAAAACACAAAACAUCGCAAAUGUACAAACAUUUACUUGAAAGUUUUGGAUUUGACUUAGUAAUGCAGUUUAAUGAGAAUCACCAAAGAAGGCAAAGAAAAGAAGAAGAAGAAGCUGUUGUUUCUUAUCACAUACAUCAAGGUCAUCACAGUCAAGAAGAAUUAAAACAUUCAUUUGUAACACAUAAUUAUCAAGAUAAAGAACAAGAUAUUGAAGAACAAGGAGAAGAAGAAAUAAUUCCAGAAAUAAAAAGAAGUACGUGUCAACAUUGCAAUAAGGAAUUUAGUAGCGUUUGGGUUCUUAAAGCUCAUUGUGAAGAAGUUCACAGAGAUUUAGUACCUCGAGAAUUUUUAGAAAAAUAUGCGCAACAUUUUAAAAGUGAAUAUGAAAAGAAAAUCGUAAUCGUAACCGCGGCAACAUCUUCUUCCACUAAUACUGCUCCAGUCACCACUACUCCUACAUCAUUUCAACAUCAAGAGAAUAAUAGCAUUUACGAAAUCAAGGAAAAAGAUGAUGUUUUAGAACAAAAGGAUGGUGUAAGUAAAACACCAGAAGCCACUUCCACUACUCCGGCAACUACCCCUGCAUUAAGCAAUACACCUGUAUCAAGUACAGAUUCGGCUGCCCCAACAUCACAAAGCAACACCCCGCAAAAUCUUAUUCAACAACAACAGGCACAAUUAACAUUGGUUCAACAUAUGUCUGACAUGCAAGCAGCUUUUAAUGCAAUGGCUGCAUCGCAAUUGCAACAACAACUUCAUCAGUAUCCAAGUUUAAUGAUGAGUAUGAUGGGGCUACCAUUAGGACUUAAUGUACCUGCACUUGCAGCAAUGAAUCUUCAACCACCGCUUGUGCCGGUUAUGCUUCCACCUCCAACAUUUGAUGGAAAUAGUAAUGCAUACACCUCGCUGCCAACUCAAUCCGAAUUGGCGAAACAACAUCUUGCUUUGCAACAACAAAACGUAGCAGCCGCGAAUGUUGCGGCAUCCCAAAAACGAGCACGCACUAGAAUAACGGACGAUCAGCUUAAAAUUUUGAGGGCUCAUUUCGACAUUAAUAACUCUCCAGGGGAAGAUCAAAUAAUGGAUAUGGCAUCUCAAAGUGGAUUGCCGCCAAAAGUCAUAAAACACUGGUUUCGUAAUACACUAUUCAAGGAACGUCAACGUAAUAAGGAUAGUCCUUACAACUUUAACAAUCCACCUAGCACAACAUUAAAUCUUGAAGAAUAUGAAAAAACUGGGGAAGCAAAAGUAAUGCCAUUAAACGCUCUUACAAACUUAAAUACUAUAGAAAAUAAAAGUAAUGAUAAACAGCUUUUAUCAUCAGAAACGUUAAGUAGUUCUAAUCUACCCAAACAUGAAGAAAUCAAGCAGGAGUACCUGGAACAAAAUAUCGUAGAUCAUUCCAAUGAUGAACGUCAUACACCAGAAAGUUUGGAAGAACAACACUCACGGCCACAAUCGCCAGCGAUAUCUUCAGUUUAUACUAGUACUAAUCAAGAUAUAAUGGCAAGUUUAUCUUCACCAACAACGUCUCAAAUAUCUCCAAUGCUUCCGCCUAAAGCAACUCUUCAAACACCGUCAAUAGUUAGUACAUUGUCAGCAAAUAACUCCCCAGUGUCUAUAACAAAUCAACGAUGCAUUAGUCCUACUAGAGGAUCAGAUUACUCAUUUAGUGGUAACAAUAAUAAUGGAGGCACUAUAGGAAAUAAUGGUUCAGGAAAACGAGCAAACAGAACAAGAUUUACUGAUUACCAAAUUAAAGUGCUUCAAGAAUUUUUCGAAAAUAAUGCUUAUCCUAAGGACGAUGAUCUAGAAUAUUUAAGCAAACUUUUAGGUUUAAGUCCUCGAGUAAUAGUAGUAUGGUUUCAAAAUGCUAGACAAAAAGCUAGAAAAGUUUACGAAAAUCAACCACCCCUUGAACCAGUAUCAACAGGUGGUCGAGAUAGUGAUGACGGAACUGGACGUUUUCAACGAACUCCAGGCCUUAAUUAUCAAUGUAAAAAAUGUCUUCUUGUUUUUCAAAGAUAUUAUGAAUUAAUAAGGCAUCAAAAAACACAUUGCUUCAAAGAGGAAGAUGCUAAAAGAAGUGCUCAAGCGCAAGCUGCUGCAGCGCAGGUAGCUGCCGUUUUAAGUUCAGAAGAUAGUAAUAGUAGUUCCACGACUACAACUAACACACACCAAUCUGCUUCCUUAAAUAUACAAUCUAUUUCAGAGCAAUCUUCAAAUUCAAAUACAAAUACGGCUUUCCUACAGCAUCAAAUGUCACAACAACUUCAGUCAAAUCAGCAGUGUAUUCAAUCAGAAACAAAAGACGAAAAUUUUCAAUGUGACAAGUGUAAUUUGGUCUUUAGCAGAUUUGAAUUAUGGCGAGAACACCAAUUAGUACAUAUCAUGAAUCCUACUCUUUUCCCUCCAAAUUACCCACCUGAUUCCGCAUUUGGAAUUUUGCAACAACAAGCUUUAAAUAACACUACUUCUUCACAAGAUAUUAAUCAUCCCUUACUUAACAUAACAGAAAGGAAACGGAAAUAUGAUGAUUAUGAAGAUAAUCAUAAUGCAGAUAACAAAUCUAAUUCUGAUCAAAAUGAGCAGCCAAAAGACAAACGAUUACGUACUACAAUUCUUCCGGAACAACUUGAUUAUUUGUAUCAAAAGUAUCAAGUCGAGUCUAACCCAUCACGAAAAAUGUUGGAAACUAUCGCUAGGGAAGUAGGUUUAAAAAAAAGAGUUGUUCAAGUUUGGUUCCAAAAUACUAGAGCAAGAGAAAGAAAAGGGCAAUUUCGAGCUCACAGCCAAGUAAUAAACAAGCGUUGUCCAUUUUGUCCAGCACUUUUCAAAGUCAAAUCAGCUCUCGAAUCUCAUUUAAAUAGCAAACACGCAGAUCAAAUUUCUCGUGGAGAAAUAAAUAUUGAUAGUAUUCCUGAUGAGGAAUUAUCAUUAGAAUCUUCUCCCUCAAAUCCUAGUACACCGAACAUGAUGCCUCCUCUAUUUCCCCCUAUUGCUAAUGAAGUUGAAGCUUCUUUGAAAAAGUACUAUGAAGAAUCAAUGAAAAGAUACAUUACUGAACUACAAGCACAUGCAAGUAAUGGUAAACAAGAUGCGAACACUUCUCUUUUUUCUGGAAACAGUACAGAAUCACCUCUGGAUCUAAGUAAACCUGUUGAUUUGAGCAGAUCAGUAAAAUUAACUAUUCAGAAUUUGAGUAAUCUUCUGGAUGACCAAAACAACUCUCAAAAUUUACGUAGUGAAUGUGGUCCUUUCACCGAAUCAUCGGAGAAGAGUGUUUGUGAUGAUGAUAGCAUGAGCGAAGCAACGGAAUUUCUCGAUGAUGAAAGUAGUCCAACUAGUCCAGCAUCCAGUUCACAAAGUUCAAAACAAGGAAUAAGUAACAAUAGUAUUGGAAGUAAUGUUUUAGCAUGUGUUGGAAAUAAUACAUCAUUACAAACUGGAGGGAAAAGAUAUAGAACGCAAAUGUCAACAACGCAAGUAAAGGUUAUGAAAUCUCUGUUUUCGGACUACAAAACUCCAACGAUGGCAGAAUGUGAAAUGCUUGGACGAGAAAUUGGACUUCCAAAACGCGUCGUUCAGGUAUGGUUUCAAAACGCACGGGCUAAAGAAAAAAAAGCCAGAUUAGCAGCAGGAUUAUCAGCUGAAGGGACAGUAGUUUAUCGUGGUUUGACUGGCCCUGAAGAAUGUAAAUUAUGUUCUAUACGCUAUUCUACUAAAUCGCCUUUGCAAGAACAUGUAUUUUCACGAAGACAUAUUGAAGCAGUAAGAAUUGCUGUUGAAGAUGGUAGUUUAAUACCACCGACUCCUGGAGCUCCUAUAUUAAGGGAAAGUGCCAUUGCAAAUUCGACUAAUAAUAAUCUGCAAGGCAACCAAUCGCAGACUGAAGAAAAUAUGAUGUACGGGUCGUUGUUCCUUCAUCCCACGGCAAUGUUUCAGUCGCAGCAUCAGCAGCAACAGCAACAUACCGGGAAUGUUACAACCAGCACGACUACCACCACAGCUGGUGAGUGUCUGGCUGACCUCUUAGAUUCCUAAGCUCAUGCUAUCGAAAUUCGAACUAGGUAUUUCGUACAAUUGAAAGAUGACUUAAAUAGCUAUUGCUUGUAAGUCAGUUCUAGUGAAAUAUAUAUUCGAUAAAAGGUACCACCGAAUUACGAGCGCAUGAGCAGCGAUAUGUGUUGUAUUCAUGUAGGUCAGGUGUAUACUAUAUUUUUAAAUAUGGUCCGUGUGAUAAUGUAGAAGGGCCAUAAUCUAUUGCGAUUCUAUUUGUUUAGGGUUUAAAAUAUCUUUACAUAGCGCGAAUAAUAUAUCCAGUGCUAGGCAAUACUGAAAGUUCCUAUCAAAUGACUAUUAUGAUAUAAGAAAUAUAAAAAAUAAAUUAAGAUAAAGUAGAUAGAUAAUAAGGGAGAUUUGAUAAGUUGAGAAAGAAUCACAACGUAAAAUAGUAAACAUUUCAACAAAUAUGAGCAAUGAAAUGAUUUCUUAUACAAUGUAUAGUACUAUCUGGUUAUACUAGAGGAAAUAUCUCCACAUUAAGUUUUUAUGUACAGUAAAGACUAUAUAUAUAAAGAUUUAUAGUUUUAUUAUUGUAUUUUGAUAAUGAAUUUAACAGUGUCAUUAUUUAAAUCAGUUUAAUUCAAUGUGUUUGAUUUAUACGUAUAGCGAAACAAUGGAGAAUAGACUGUAUUUUUAUUUUGUAAUGGAAUAUUUGACUUCACUUGUAAUAAAAAAAUAUUCCUGUUAAUAACACUAUGUAAGUUCCGAAAAAACAUUGUAAGUAUAGGAAAAUAUGUGAUCUUCGUUUUAUACAGUUUUCCUAACGUAUCUAUUUAUAACGAUCACUCUACAUACCUCGCAUGUUCUUGUUUAUAUUCUAGGAAAUAUAAGUCCGUUUUUAAGUAAUA